AUGGCCCAAUACUCGCAACAACCGGGCCGCUCCUCGUCGCAGCAGCGUGACGCCGCCUAUAACAACAUCUUUGGCCCGCCUGGUGCCGCAAACCAGGGCCAGGGUCGCUCGCAGACUAUGCUCUCCCAGCCCAUGAGGCCGCCUGCCGAACGCGCCGCCACCAUUUCCUCUCAGAUGUCCGACUACAUGCAACGCGCCCCUCCCAUGCGAGCAUACCCGGCGCAGCAGUCCCACCCCCGUCCGUCUCCCCAUCACCAGCAGUCUCACAACCCUCCGCCUGCUCAGAACGGGGACUACCAUCACCACCACCAGCAACAGCAUCCUCAGCACCACCCUCACCCACCCCAGCAGCAAUACCCCUCCUCACCACAACCUCACCGCCAACCUCAGCCCCAAUACUUGCCUCAGCCUCUGCGCCCAGAUCGACGUCCAUAUGCCGCUCCUCAGCGUCUUGAUCCGCGAGGUCCGCCGCCGUCUCAGCCUUAUACUCGCACCUACACUGGCGGGCCCGCCAUGACUCCCGGUCCAGCUCCCGCUCUCAAUUCAGACUCGUACCGCUCUCAGUCCAUGGCCGCAACCUCCAGACCCAAUUUCCCAGCACAGCAUAGCCAGAGCAGCUACAACAUAGCUCCAGCACAAGCUUUCCGCCAGCAGCCGUACAUGAGCAACCACCUUGCACGGACUACUGCACAGGGAAGAGUUGUUCCCGAUCGCCCUGCCGACGAACGCACCAUGUCCAUGUCCUCGUACUCACGCGACCAAGACCACAGUCAGAUCAUGAGCGGCCGUGUCAUACCCCAGCGCAAACGCGGCGACUCCGAGGUCAACCACCAACAGCAGGAUCCUUUCGUUGCCGCCAAGAGUAGAACUCCUAGUCAGGGCAGCAUACAAUCCCGCUCCAUGUCCAUGGCCUCCACUGUCAUGGCUCCUUCGGAAUACACAGAGACUACAGCUGGCGCCGCUCAGUCUCCGCGACCUUCGAUUACCGCUUCUUCCACUCGUUCCAACAGCCAGAUUCAACAGGGCAAUGGACAGAUGAUAGCCCAAAGACGUCCCUCCCUGGUUUACGGUGCUCUCCUCUCCAAAGUCGCUGCCGCCUUCUACGAUAGAAUCCCAAUGGCGGAAAAAGAAAAAGACGCCUUGGUCUACAAGAACGCUUUUACUGGCCACGAUGCUGUUGAGCUAAUUGCUUAUAUCAUCCGCACUUCGGACAGAAAUCUUGCUCUCCUUCUCGGCAGGUCCCUGGAUGCGCAAAAGUUCUUCCACGAAGUAGCCUAUGCACACAGGUUGCGAGAUUCUCCCAAUGAAAUCUACCAGUUCAAGGAAGCCGUGGUUGAAGAGCCGGCCGAGGUCAAUGGAGUCUUUACCUUGCUAACCGAGUGUUACUCGCCUACUUGUACACGCGAUCACCUUUGUUACUCCAUCGCGUGUCCCAGGAGAUUGGAGCAACAACAGCGUCUCAACAUGAAGAUCCAGCCCGGCCUCAAAAGAGAAGGCUCGCAAGCCAGUCUGCGGGAUGAGCCAGAAGCGGAACAGAGACUAUGGAUCAACACUGUAUCCAAGGAUAUCGCCGACAGUGUUGAUGACGAGGAAAAGAAGCGCCAGGAAGUUCUCGCUGAAAUCAUGUACACCGAACGAGACUUUGUCAAGGAUCUGGAGUAUUUGCGCGACUUCUGGAUUAAACCCUUGAGGAAUCCCAACAUCUCGCCAAUUCCGGAACACAGACGUGAGAAAUUCAUCCGGACUGUCUUCUCCAAUUGCCAGGAAGUUCACGCUGUCAAUGUUAGAUUGGCAAGCGCACUUACUCGUCGUCAGCAGCAAAAUCCGGUCGUGCGGAAUGUCGGUGAUAUCUUCCUGGAGUUUGUCCCUCAGUUUACUCCAUUCAUCAAGUACGGUGCCAACCAGCUGUUCGGAAAGUUCGAGUUCGAAAAGGAGAAGUCCAGCAACCCUGCUUUCGCCAAAUUUGUCGAGGAGACAGAACGUUUGAAAGAAUCCCGAAAGCUUGAGCUCAACGGCUAUCUGACCAAGCCGACGACUCGUCUCGCCAGAUACCCUCUCCUGCUCGACGGCGCUCUCAAGAAGGCUAAGGAAGACAAUCCGGACAAGGAAGAUCUUCCACGAGCUGUGGUCAUGAUCAAGGCUAUCCUUACCAGGGUCAACGAGGAGUCUGGAAAGGCAGAAAACAUCCAGCAACUUGCGCAGCUCAACCAGAACCUGAAAUGGACUAACGUGCCUUAUCAAGAUCUGAAGCUGACCGAAGAGGGACGGCAAAUGGUCUUCAAGGGCGGACUCAAGAAGACGGCAAGCGCAGAAACGAUCGACAUACAGGCCUACCUCUUCGACCACGCCGUUCUGCUCGUUCGACAAAAGAUGGUAAACAAACGCGAGGAGCAGAAGGUCUACCGUAAGCCUAUUCCACUUGAAUUGCUGGUCAUCGCUCAAAUGGACGAGGUCUUGCCAAAGCUAGGCAUCGCAAAGAGACCUUCGUCUAGCAUGAUCCCUGGAGCCCGCACUAUCACUAGCGCGACGACCAAAAAGGAAGACGGAUAUCCUCUGACCUUCAAGCGACUCGGAAAAGGUGGCUAUGAGCUGACUCUAUACUGCUCAACUCAAAUUCAAAAGGAGAAGUGGAUGGAGAACAUACAUGCCCAACAAGAGAAGCUUCGUGAACGCAGCAACAUCUUCACGAAGACAAACAUCAGCCAAGGUUACUUUGCGUCUCACAACCGUGUCAACUGCUGCGUACCCAUCGACGGGGGCCGUAAAUUGGUCCUUGGAACCGAUAUCGGUGUAUUUGUGGCAGAACGCAAACCCAAGGACGCGUCUCUCAAGCCCAAACGUAUUCUGGACUGCAAACUGGUGUUCCAGAUCGACGUAUUGGAGCAGCAUCAAAUCUUGUUGGUUCUUGCUGACAAGGUCAUGUACUCAUACCCCUUGGACGCUCUUGACCCAGAAGACAAUCAGCCGACUCCCUCUAAGCGAGGGCGUAAGAUCUGCUCUGCCAACUAUUUCAGUGCUGGCAUGUGCAAUGGCCAAUUGCUCGUCUGCUGCGUCAAGUCAACAUCACUCUCGAGUACUGUCAGAGUGUACGAACCCAUGGAUACCAUGUCAAAGGGCAAGAAGAAGUCGGGUCUGGCGAAAAUGCUUGCGGGCGGGCAAGAAGUGCUCCGACCGUUCAAAGAGUUCUACAUACCCAUGGAGUCGAAUAGCAUCCACUUCUUGCGAUCCAAGCUCUGCGUUGGAGGUGCCAAGGGCUUCGAGAUUGUCUCGCUCGAGACACUCGAGACACAGUCGCUCCUCGACCAAGCCGACACUUCACUCGACUUUGUUGUUCGCCGCGAGAACGUCAAGCCCAUAUACAUCGAGCGCACACCGUCAGAGUUCUUGCUGUGUUAUACGGACUUCUCAUUCUUCGUCAACAAGAACGGCUGGAGAGCGCGAAACGACUGGAAGAUUAUCUGGGAGGGCGCGCCGACGGCCUUUGCCACGUGGGGCGACAAGUACAUUUUGGCAUUCGAGCAAGAGUUCAUCGAGGUGCGGUUGACAGAAACGGGAGGACUGGUUUGCAUCUUGACGGCCAAGAACAUACGUUUCCUGCACUCGAGCUCCAGAGAGAUUCUUUAUGCGUACGAAGACGAGAUGGGCGAGGAUGUCAUUGCCAGUCUGGACUUCUGGGGUCGCCCACAGUCACCAAGGCAAUAA